UCCAACGUUUUGUUCACGAUUUUCGGCGUUCGUGCAGUUCAUAGCGCCGUGUUUUAUAACUUAGCAGAGGCUAAACCGCGAUCUUCACACCCGCGUCCAGCCUCCUGAAUGUAAUACAGAAUGUGUACACGAGUUGCACGUAUAAACUAGAGCGGGGCGAGUGCAGUGACCGCCGCGGCGGUCCUUGGGCCCCUGAAGCAUGGCCCUCCCGCCGUACAUGCUGGGCCCCCCCUACGUCAUGGGGGUGCUUGCCCAGCAGCAGGCCGUGGCAGCCCAGCUGGCUGCUCAGGUCCACGCUCACAUGCAUCAGCAGCAACUGCAACAACAGCAGCAGCAACAGCAGCAGAUGCACCAGCGACAGCAGGAGCUCAUGUCGGAGGAGAAACUCCAGGAGAAAGCCCGCAAGUGGCAGCAACUGCAGUCAAAGCGGUAUGCAGAGAAGCGGAAGUUCGGCUUUGUAGAUGCCCAGAAAGAGGACAUGCCCCCUGAGCACAUCCGCAAGAUCAUCCGUGACCAUGGAGACAUGAGCAGCCGCAAAUACCGUCAUGACAAGAGGGUCUACCUGGGUGCCCUGAAGUACAUGCCCCAUGCGGUGCUGAAGCUCAUGGAGAACAUGCCCAUGCCCUGGGAGCAGAUCCGGGAUGUGCGGGUGCUGUACCACAUCACCGGAGCCAUCACAUUUGUCAACGAGAUUCCCUGGGUCAUUGAGGCUGUGUACAUUGCCCAGUGGGGGUCGAUGUGGAUCAUGAUGCGCCGGGAGAAGCGUGACCGGCGGCACUUCAAGCGUAUGCGCUUCCCACCCUUCGACGACGAAGAGCCGCCCCUGGACUAUGCGGACAAUGUACUGGACGUGGAGCCCCUGGAGGCCAUCCAGAUGGACCUGGACCACGAGGAGGACUCGCCCGUCUGCAAGUGGUUCUACGACCACAAACCCCUGGCCGAGAGCAAGCACCUGAACGGGGUGACGUACCGGCACUGGCAGCUGACACUGCCCCAGAUGGCAACACUGUACCGGCUGGCCAACCAGCUGCUCACGGACCUGGUGGACGACAAUUACUUUUACUUGUUCGACCUCAAGUCCUUCUUCACGGCCAAGGCCCUCAACAUGUCCAUCCCGGGGGGACCCAAGUUCGAGCCCCUCAUCAAGGACAUGAACCCGGCGGAUGAGGACUGGAACGAGUUCAACGACAUCAACAAGAUCAUCAUCCGGCAACCGAUCCGGACGGAGUACAGGAUUGCCUUUCCCUACCUGUACAACAACAUGCCUCACUACGUGCACCUCUCUUGGUACCACACCCCCAACGUGGUGUACAUCAAGACGGAGGAUCCGGAUCUGCCGGCCUUCUACUUUGAUCCUCUGAUCAACCCUAUUGCACAUCGCCACAGCACAAAGCAAGUGGCCGAUCCGCUGCCGGACGAUGACGAGGAGUUUGAGCUCCCGGAGCACGUGCAGCCGUUCCUCCAGGACUGCCCGCUGUACACUGACAACACGGCCAACGGCAUCGCCCUGCUCUGGGCGCCCCGGCCCUACAACCUGCGCUCAGACCGCACCCGCCGGGCCAUCGACAUUCCGCUCGUCAAGUCCUGGUACCGCGAGCACUGCCCUCCUGGCAUGCCAGUGAAGGUGCGGGUGUCUUACCAGAAGCUCCUCAAGUACUUUGUUCUGAAUGCCCUCAAGCACAGGCCACCCAAGCCUCAAAAGAAGAGGUACCUGUUCCGGUCCUUCAAGUCGACCAAGUUCUUCCAGACGACCACCAUCGACUGGGUAGAGGCGGGCCUUCAGGUGUGCAGGCAGGGCUACAACAUGCUCAACCUGCUCAUCCACCGCAAGAACCUCAACUACCUCCACCUGGACUACAACUUCAACCUCAAGCCGGUUAAGACCCUGACCACCAAGGAGAGGAAAAAGUCCCGCUUCGGCAACGCCUUCCACCUGUGCCGGGAGAUCCUGCGGCUGACAAAGCUGGUUGUGGACAGCCACGUCCAGUACCGGCUGAACAACGUGGAUGCCUUCCAGCUGGCCGACGGGCUCCAGUACAUCUUCGCCCACGUCGGCCAGCUCACGGGCAUGUACCGCUACAAGUACAAGCUCAUGCGCCAGAUUCGCAUGUGCAAGGACCUCAAGCACCUGAUCUACUACCGCUUCAACACUGGCCCCGUGGGCAAGGGCCCUGGCUGCGGGAUCUGGGCCCCCGGCUGGCGGGUGUGGCUCUUCUUCAUGCGGGGCAUCACCCCCCUGCUGGAGCGCUGGCUGGGCAACCUGCUGUCCAGGCAGUUCGAGGGACGCCACUCCAAGGGCGUUGCCAAGACGGUCACCAAGCAGCGCGUCGAGAGCCACUUUGACCUCGAGCUGAGGGCCUCGGUGAUGCACGACAUCCUGGACAUGAUGCCAGAGGGCAUCAAGCAGAACAAGGCCCGCACCAUCCUGCAGCACCUCAGCGAGGCCUGGAGGUGCUGGAAGGCCAACAUCCCCUGGAAGGUGCCUGGGCUGCCCAUCCCCAUUGAGAACAUGAUCCUGCGCUACGUGAAGAUGAAGGCAGACUGGUGGACCAACACAGCCCACUACAACCGGGAGCGUAUCCGCAGGGGGGCCACGGUGGACAAGACGGUGUGCAAGAAGAACCUGGGGCGCCUCACCCGGCUCUAUCUCAAGGCCGAGCAGGAGAGGCAGCACAACUACCUCAAGGACGGUCCGUACAUCAGUGCGGAGGAGGCGGUGGCUAUCUACACGACAACGGUGCACUGGCUGGAGAGCCGCCGGUUCUCCCCCAUCCCGUUCCCACCGCUCUCCUACAAGCACGACACUAAGCUGCUCAUCCUGGCACUGGAAAGGCUGAAGGAGGCCUACAGCGUGAAGAGCCGCCUGAACCAGUCCCAGCGAGAAGAACUGGGACUCAUUGAGCAGGCAUACGACAACCCCCAUGAGGCGCUUUCUCGCAUCAAGCGUCAUCUGCUCACCCAGAGAGCCUUCAAAGAGGUGGGCAUAGAGUUCAUGGACCUGUACAGCCACCUGAUCCCAGUGUACGACGUGGAACCCCUGGAGAAGAUCACGGACGCCUACCUGGAUCAGUACCUGUGGUACGAGGCGGACAAGCGGCGCCUCUUCCCACCGUGGAUCAAGCCAGCCGACUCCGAGCCCCCACCCCUGCUCGUGUACAAGUGGUGCCAAGGCAUCAACAACCUGCAGGAUGUGUGGGACACUUCGGAAGGGGAGUGCAACGUGAUGCUCGAGUCCCGCUUUGAGAAGAUGUACGAGAAGAUCGAUCUGACGCUGCUCAACCGACUGCUGCGUCUCAUCGUGGACCACAACAUUGCCGACUACAUGACUGCCAAGAACAACGUCAUCAUCAACUACAAGGACAUGAACCACACCAACUCUUAUGGCAUCAUCCGGGGCCUGCAGUUCUCGUCGUUCAUAGUGCAGUACUAUGGCCUGGUGCUGGACCUGCUGGGGCUGGGCCUGCAGCGGGCCUCCGAGAUGGCGGGGCCCCCCCAGAUGCCCAACGACUUCCUGUCCUUCCAGGACGUGGCCACCGAGACCGCCCACCCUGUGCGCCUCUACUCGCGCUACAUCGACCGCAUACAUGUCUUCUUCAGAUUCACGGCUGAGGAGGCUAGAGACCUGAUCCAACGCUACCUGACGGAGCAUCCGGACCCCAACAAUGAGAACAUUGUGGGCUACAACAACAAGAAGUGCUGGCCCAGGGACGCCCGCAUGCGGCUUAUGAAGCACGACGUCAACCUGGGGCGUGCGGUGUUCUGGGACAUCAAGAACCGACUGCCCCGCUCCGUGACGACGGUGCAAUGGGAGAGCAGCUUUGUGUCGGUGUACAGCAAGGACAACCCCAACUUGCUCUUCAACAUGGGGGGCUUUGAGUGCCGCAUCUUGCCCAAGUGCCGCAUGACCCACGAAGAGUUCAGCCACAAGGAUGGCGUCUGGAACCUGCAGAACGAGGUGACCAAAGAGAGGACUGCCCAGUGUUUCCUCAGGGUGGACGACGAGUCCAUGCAGAGGUUCCACAACCGGGUCAGGCAGAUCCUCAUGGCCUCUGGCUCAACCACCUUCACCAAGAUUGUGAACAAGUGGAACACUGCCCUGAUCGGGCUGAUGACAUACUUCCGCGAAGCGGUGGUGAACACCCAGGAGCUGCUGGACCUGCUGGUGAAGUGUGAGAACAAGAUCCAGACCCGGAUCAAGAUUGGCCUCAACUCCAAGAUGCCCAGUCGCUUCCCGCCCGUGGUCUUCUACACCCCCAAGGAGCUGGGAGGCCUGGGCAUGCUGUCCAUGGGACACGUGCUCAUCCCACAGUCGGACCUCAGGUGGUCCAAGCAGACGGACGUGGGCAUCACCCACUUCCGGUCGGGCAUGAGCCACGACGAGGACCAGGUGAUCCCUAACCUGUACCGCUACAUCCAGCCCUGGGAGAGCGAGUUCAUCGACUCCCAGAGGGUCUGGGCAGAGUACGCCCUAAAGCGGCAGGAGGCCCUCGCCCAGAACAGGCGCCUCACCCUUGAAGACCUGGAGGACAGCUGGGACCGGGGCAUCCCUCGCAUCAACACACUGUUCCAGAAGGACAGGCACACCCUGGCCUACGACAAGGGGUGGCGCGUGCGCACAGACUUCAAGCAGUACCAGGUGCUGAAGCAGAACCCAUUCUGGUGGACCCACCAGCGGCACGACGGGAAGCUGUGGAACCUGAACAACUACCGGACGGACAUGAUCCAGGCCCUGGGAGGGGUGGAGGGCAUCCUGGAGCACACCCUCUUCAAGGGCACCUACUUCCCCACCUGGGAGGGACUCUUCUGGGAGAAAGCGAGUGGGUUUGAAGAGUCCAUGAAGUACAAGAAGCUGACCAAUGCCCAGAGGUCUGGCCUGAACCAGAUCCCCAACCGACGCUUCACCCUCUGGUGGUCUCCCACCAUCAACAGGGCCAAUGUCUACGUCGGUUUCCAGGUGCAGCUGGAUCUGACGGGCAUCUUCAUGCACGGCAAGAUCCCCACACUGAAGAUCUCCCUCAUCCAGAUCUUCCGUGCCCAUCUCUGGCAGAAGGUCCACGAGAGCAUCGUCAUGGACCUGUGCCAGGUGUUUGACCAAGAGCUCGACGCCCUGGAGAUUGAGACUGUCCAGAAAGAGACCAUCCAUCCCAGGAAGUCGUACAAGAUGAACAGCUCGUGCGCAGACGUCCUCCUCUUUGCCACCUACAAGUGGAACGUGUCCCGGCCAUCCCUCCUGGCUGACUCCAAAGACACAAUGGACGGCACGACGACGCAGAAGUAUUGGAUGGACGUGCAGCUGCGGUGGGGCGACUACGACUCCCACGACGUGGAGCGCUACGCCCGGGCCAAGUUCCUGGACUACACCACGGACAACAUGAGCAUCUACCCAUCGCCCACGGGCGUGCUCAUUGCCAUCGACCUGGCCUACAACCUGCACAGUGCAUACGGCAACUGGUACCCCGGCUGCAAGCCCCUGAUCCAGCAGGCCAUGGCCAAGAUGAUGAAGGCCAACCCCGCCCUGUAUGUGCUGCGCGAGCGCAUCCGCAAGGGGCUGCAGCUGUACUCCUCGGAGCCCACCGAGCCCUACCUGUCGUCCCAGAACUACGGGGAGCUCUUCUCCAACCAGAUCAUCUGGUUCGUGGACGACACAAACGUCUACAGAGUCACCAUCCACAAGACAUUUGAAGGUAACCUGACGACCAAGCCCAUCAACGGGGCCAUCUUCAUCUUCAACCCUCGCACGGGUCAGCUGUUCUUGAAGAUCAUCCACACGUCAGUCUGGGCAGGACAGAAGCGUCUUGGUCAGCUGGCCAAGUGGAAAACAGCUGAGGAGGUAGCAGCCCUGAUUCGUUCCCUGCCCGUGGAGGAGCAGCCCAAGCAGAUCAUUGUCACCAGGAAGGGCAUGCUCGAUCCACUGGAGGUGCACUUGUUGGACUUCCCCAACAUUGUGAUAAAGGGCAGUGAGCUGCAGCUGCCCUUCCAAGCCUGCCUGAAGGUGGAGAAGUUUGGAGACCUCAUCUUGAAGGCCACCGAACCGCAGAUGGUGCUCUUCAACCUCUACGACGACUGGCUCAAGACCAUCUCCUCAUACACCGCGUUCUCCCGGCUGAUCCUGAUCUUGCGUGCCCUGCACGUGAACAACGAGCGGACCAAGGUGAUCCUGAAGCCAGACAAGACAACCAUCACGGAGCCCCACCACAUCUGGCCCACCCUGACGGACGAUGAGUGGAUCAAGGUGGAGGUGCAGCUCAAGGACCUGAUCCUGGCCGACUACGGCAAGAAGAACAACGUCAAUGUGGCGUCCCUGACGCAAUCCGAGAUCCGGGACAUCAUCCUGGGCAUGGAGAUCUCUGCCCCGUCGGCCCAGCGGCAGCAGAUUGCCGAGAUUGAGAAGCAGACCAAGGAGCAGUCCCAGCUGACCGCCACCACCACCCGCACCGUCAACAAGCACGGCGACGAGAUCAUCACCUCCACCACCAGCAACUACGAGACGCAGUCGUUUGCCUCCAAGACAGAGUGGCGCGUGCGUGCCAUCUCGGCCACCAACCUGCACCUCCGCACCAACCACAUCUAUGUGUCGUCGGACGACAUCAAGGAGGCUGGGUACACCUACAUCCUCCCCAAGAACAUCCUCAAGAAGUUCAUCAUCAUCUCCGACCUCAGGACUCAGAUAGCGGGCUACCUGUACGGGGCCAGCCCCGUGGACAACCCCCAGGUGAAGGAGAUCCGCUGCAUCGUGGUGGGACCCCAAUGUGGCACCCACCAAGGGGUGCAGCUGCCCCAAGGCCUGCCCCAGCAUGAGCACCUACGGGAGCUCGAACCCCUGGGCUGGAUCCACACCCAGCCGAACGAGCUGCCCCAGCUGUCCCCACAGGACGUGAGCGCCCAUGCCCGCAUCAUGGCCGACAACCCCUCCUGGGACGGCGAGAAGACUGUUAUCAUCACCUGCAGUUUCACGCCAGGCUCAUGCUCUCUGACGGCUUACAAGCUCACCCCGAGCGGCUACGAGUGGGGCCGCCAGAACACGGACCGUGGCAACAACCCCAAGGGGUACCUGCCCUCGCACUACGAGCGCGUCCAGAUGCUGCUCUCGGACCGCUUCCUGGGAUUCUUCAUGGUGCCUGCCCAGGGGCCCUGGAACUACAACUUCAUGGGUGUGCGUCACGACCCGAACAUGAAGUAUGAGCUGCAGUUAGCCAAUCCCAAGGAGUUCUACCACGAGAUCCAUCGUCCGUCGCACUUCCUCAACUUCAGCAGCCUGGAGGAGCCAGACUUCAUCGGCAUGGACCGAGAGGACCUCUACGCUUAAGCUCGUGCGACGUCGAGUUCGUCACAUACAUCAUCUUUUGCUUUCUGUAUCAUACUUGGUUUCUGGGGUCCCUUGCUGAGGAUCUUUAAAUGUCUUGAAAGAAACCUUGCCCAUCUUUGUCAUUUGCUGUUGAUAAGCACAUUCGUUCACCACCGAUGUGAAUUCUUUCUGCAAAACAUGGUGUCGAAAACUGAAUAAACUGUUUUUAAAACAA